AUGAAUCCGUUGGAGCUGCCGCUGCCUGUGGUGGUGGAUAACCUGCUGCCUCUGCUGUCGAAUGCGGAUCUGGCGGCACUGCGCUCCGUGUCCAAGCACGCCAAAGCGCUCGUCGAGGAUGAAGUACUCUGGAAACGAAAGGUGCUCGCCGACUUUACGUUCCCGCAGCAUGCAACGGCACGCAUGGGCGGAUGGUUUAACCUCUACCGCGGACUCAGCAACCCGCACGUCUACGUCUGGGGCCAGCUGAGCCAGGGGCGUCUGGGCCUCGACCUCGACCAGCUCGAUAGCAAAAUCGUACUAGACGCAAACAGCAUCCAUGGCGGCAUCCCAUACCCAGUCCGACUCACAGCGAUUGGGUCGGCGAGCACGCAGCGGACACUGGCGGACGAUGCAGGUGCGGUGGUGGAGAUUGUUGCGGGAGGAUGGGCGUUCCACGCUCGCACCUCGACGGGCAAGGUGUGGCAUUGGGGCACCAUGCAUGGCGAGACGUUUGCGGGCCCGAGAUCUUCGCUGCGCGAUCCCGGAAGCAAAGUGGAUACGCCUCAACUCAUGCAUGGCCUGCCAGACGUCCAGUCGCUUUCGGGAGGCAGAUGCCAUGCAGUCGCACUCUCCACCGACCACGAACUGCUAGAAUGGCGUGCCUGGGGCAGCAUAUGGAAGCUCCAAAACCUCCCGGAGAGCAUCACCACUCCAUCCCCCGCCGCACAGCACGAUGGACUGACAGCCAAGAGCAACAUCAGGCAGCUCGAGGCGGGAUGGUCGUUUUCGGCGGUGCUGACGUACACAAGCGAGGUUUGGCUGUGGUACUCGGACUGGAAUGCCGACGAAUUUCAGCGCAGCUACUACGACGGACACGAGCGCGAGAGCAUGCUGCAUGCCGAUCCACCCGGCUAUGGCGAUCAAAAGGUCUUCCCGCUGCAGGUGGAGCCCGUGUGUCUGCCGCGCAUUGCGGGCGAGGGUGACGCGCAGCAUAUCGUGCAGAUUGCUGCAGGUGAGGACUUUAUCGUUGCGCUCACCGCGUCUGGGACGCUGCAUCGCAUCGACCUGCAUCUGCCGCCUCCAACGGGAAACGAGUGGCAGGCAAUACGCCAGGCGUAUGCGCUGCGGCGCGAUGACGACGGCCUCGGCGGGGUGGUGCACCGUCAGCGCAUCAAUCGCCUUUUCGCCACCACUGCACGCUGGGAGGCACUUGCGGGUUUUGAACGGCCCGAGGCACUCCAAGACUUUGAUCCGACGUGGUUGGCGGGAGGUGUGGCUGGGCGUAUCACGCACAUCUCCGCGCACUUUCGCCGAUUCGUAGUCAUCAUCCCCGUGAUCCACGGGGAGAGGGAGGAUACGCUUGUUCUGCUGGGCACGCCGGAUUCAGUGCAACCGGAGAUGGUGCCGGAGUUGCAGGCGCGUGGGGUGAUCAAAGUGGUCAUGGGCGACUACCACUACGGCGCGCUCACGCAGCAAGGCGAGAUUCUUACGUGGGGUGCAUUCUCCAAGGGUGCUCUUGGGAACUGGCCGCCGCCCUGGCACCUUGCCUCUAGCACAUCGGACCGCACGGAGGCAGAGCAGGAAGGCGGGGGUUGGUUAGGCAACCUUGUGCCGCUGCCGAGGGUCUUGCGGCCCUCGCGUGUGCCACGACAAACACCGCGAGCAGGCCACCAAGACGUGCACGAUCCAACGCAGAUUACGAUCCAUCCUCGCGGCGGGGCGAUGCCGUUUGCGUUCGACCUGGCGUUUGCAGGAUGGCAUUCGUCGGCACUCGCUAUGCCUGCGCCGCCUUAG